AUGCCGAGCUACGGCUGGAGGGCAGCGGCGGCGGCGGAGGCAGCGUCCCGGUUGGACGGGGCGGCGCACAGCGACGGAGACAAGGCGUCGACAUCACGUCGGCUGCGCGGUUGGCACCGAGGCGGCGGUGACAGCAGCGGCGGCGGCGGCGGCGGCGGCGGCAGUAGUGGCUACAGCAGCCGCGAUGGCAGGGCUGCCACUUUCUUCUCCGCGAAGGGAGAGCACCAGUCGAUGCCGGUCGUAGAAACGCUGCAAAACAAGUCGUCGGCCCGCGCCAGGCUGCUAUGCCGCGGCAUCGGAGGGACCGGCGGCGGGGGUAGCAGUAGCAGCAGCGGCGGCGGCGGCGGCGGUAGAGCGGGUUUGGAAGCGGGUUCUUCGAGCAGCUCGCCCAGCCCGGACUCGGGUCUCAUCACCGAGGACUUCAGCCUCAUGGGUAGCUUCACGCAACCUUCGACGGAGGACACGGCGCCCCUGCUGCCCGUUUGGGAGAGCAGCUCCCCUACCGCAAGCACCGCGGUCGGCGACGCCAAUGCGGCGGCCGAUGGCUUGCCGUUAGGGUACCGGGAACGCGACCUCCGUCACCAGCACCAGCAGCUCGACAGCCUCCCUGCUAUGCGCAGGAGGCUGCCUUGCGCUGACACUCGAGCUCCUCAGUACAUGGCCGUGUUGACGAGCCCCCCUCACAACCAACGCGGCGGCGGCGGCGGCGGCGGCGGCGUCACCGCGGAAAUAAGCAAGAACAACCCAAAGCCCUUGCGGAGAGCGUUCUGCAGCGAAGCCGUCGCCCCGGGAGCAGCGGCAGCCGCGUCCAGUCGCUCCCCUCCCGACCGCAGCGGCUCCCGCACUUCCGCCCCGCUGCUUUGCAGGAGGUCGAGAGGUUACGCCGCCACCGCCGAUGAGGAGAAGGACUCGCACUCGUUGUCGAUCGUUGCCACCGCCACCGGUGCGAACGUCAUGGGUAUCGCCGGACCCGCCAGAUCUGAACCCCCGGGAAAGAUGGAGGUGAUAUCGCCGGUUGAGGGCGGCGGCGGCAUCGAUCUAGGCGCCGUUGGCGACGUUCUCGGUCGCGGGGGGCACGUCAAGACCAUCAGGCGCAUCCGCAGCAGCGGGCUAGCCAUGAGCAACAGCAACGGCAGCAGCAGCAAGCCCGACAGCCCGCUCCUCACGAGGAUCCCUGGCGACAGUGGUGGCUGUGGCGGCGGCAGCGACAAAGAUGACGGAGCAGCAAACAACGGGCCCCGCUUCGCCCUGCCCUCGACGCCGCUGGUGCUGCCGGCCAAGGUCGCGAUAACAGAAGCCGCGCCGGAGGGGCGGACGACCGUAAAAGAGUUGGACGGCGUCGUGGACGUGCCGGAGGAGACUGUCGACGCAAGCUGCAAUUCUUGGGGUACCAGCGGCGGCGGCGGCGGCGGUAGGCCGUUGAUGACGCUGGAUGAGGACAGCGUGACUACCACUUCUGUCGAGCACCGUAAGGGAGGACCCCUGGGAUGCCUCGGCCAAGUGCACGGCCGGAAUCGGGAGGGAUGGGGCGUGUCGUGCGUUAUUUCCGAGGAGGUUUUGAAGAGCGGCGGCGGCGGCAGCGGCGGCGGCGGUGGCGCUGCCAACAACGACGGUCACGAUGACGACGACGACGAUGAUGACGGUGAUGCCGAUGCCGAUGGCGGCGGAGACGACGUUAGCUUUGACUACCUCAGCCAGCUGUCUCUAGACCUCGACAAUCUAAAGGAGCAAGGCUUCACGUGUAGCGUGGCGCCGUCGUACGACCUGAGCGAAGACGGCGGCACGCUGAGGACGCACGGCUUUGUGCUCCAACCAGAUGGAAUCAAGUCUACCCCGACGCCGACCUAUGCCGGUUUCGACACCAGCAGCAGGAACUCGAUUUCCAGGGGGUGCAACGAAGAGAGGCUGCGCUGCUUACGGCCGGCCUCGAUACACACGGCGUCGGGGUCCAUCGCCCGCACCCCGCGCAGCUACGACAGCGGCUUCGGAGCGAGCUGCAGCGGCGCCAACGCUCCCCUGCCGCCGCCGCCGCCGCUGACGGGCACCCCCCGACGGCCCCGCGAGAAGACCAUCCUUCUGGACGAGAUCGGGAGGGGCGGGGGCGGUACGGUGCACAAGGCCAUUCACGUGCCAUCGAUGCGUCUGGUGGCGGUGAAGAUGGUGGAGGUGCACGACGACGAGAAGCGGCACCAGAUUCUACGGGAGCUCAAGACGCUGCUCUCGAUGAAGCCGGUCCCUUUACCCUCGCCGUGUGUGGCGACCGGCGACUCCACUUCGGCGGGCACCAGCGGUCUCGGGCAUCAUCCCGGAUUGGGCGAUUGGUGCGGUGGUGGGGGGGAUGACAGCGGCACCGGCAGCAGCUGCGGCAGCAGCUCGCAAGACGCGGACAGCCCUAUCAGCUGCUGCGGCCCGGCAGCGAAGGAAGGAGGACCGCCGCCGCCGCGGGCGGAGUGCUUCGGCGAAGGCGACCAUUCGAGUGGCUCCGAGGAGCAGGAUCGGACCCGCACGACCGCCUCCGUUUCGUCCCAGGGGGGCACCCUGUCCUCGCGUGACGGCACCCCCCCCUUCCCGUCGCAGCAGCACCAGCGGCCGCUGCCGCCGCAGGUGCAGCAGCAGCCGCCGCGUCGCCGCCGCCGGCGAGCGGGGGGUCACGACGGCAGCAGCAACAACAACCCGUCCAAGAGCAAGGAUCUCACCCUCCCGGUUAUCACGUUCCACGAUGCCUACAUGGACCGGGAGAGGGGGCGGGUGUGCAUGGUGAUGGAGUACAUGAACGGGGGCACGCUCCAGCAGUUCGUGUCCGGGGGGCAGGCGCUGUCGGAGCCCGCCCUCGCCGGGGUGGCGCGCUCGGUGCUGCGAGGGUUGGCGGAGAUGCACGCCCAGCGCAAGAUCCACCGCGACAUCAAGCCGUCCAACAUCCUGCUGGACAGCCAGGGGCGGGUGAAGAUCUCGGACUUCGGCGUCGUGCGCGAGCUCAACCAGACGGGGUCGUUCGGGCAGACCUUCACCGGGACCGCGACGUACAUGAGCCCGGAGCGGAUCAAGGACAGCGGGCACGGCUGCCCGAGCGACAUUUGGAGCCUCGGUAUGGUGAUCGCGGCUCUAGCCCUCGGCCACUUCCCUCUGUCGACGGGCGCCGCCAGCACCGACCGCAUGUUCGACCUCAUCCAGGCGAUCACGGAGGACCCCAUCCCGGCCCUGUCCCCCCAGGCCUUCUCGCCGGAGCUGUGCGACUUCGUCGACCUCAUGCUCAGGCGAGACCCUGCGGAGAGACCCACGGCGCCGGAGCUGCUCAAGCACCCCUUCUUGGUCGAGAACCACGACCAGGGGUGCCACAUCCAGAGCCUCGUGGACAUGGUCAAGGUGGCCCCCGCGACCUUGCCCGAGGUCCAAAGCCUCCUGAAGAAGGUCGUCGACUACCACCUUGCCGAGGCGGUGGAAGAGAAGAGCUACAACGACAGAGAUGCCUCGGCUUCCUUCUUCGGUAAGGACACGUUGUCGUGGGGAGGCUGGAGCCCCCACCAAGCCCCCUUGCCCCCGUCCCUUCGCAAGGCGGACGUCGAGGUGCUGGCGGGGCAGCUGCAGGUCACCAGGACGGAGCUAGGUGAAUCAAACGUUCGACAGGGGAGGGGAGGGGGGGG